AGGGCAGCGUUCCGAGAGGAUGCCCCGCGCCCUGCUGCGCGACCUGAACGCCGCGCUGUCCUGCAUGCUGUGCGGGGGCUACCUGGUGAACGCCGCCACGCUGGUCGAUUGCCUCCACUCCUUCUGCAAGGUGUGCAUCGUGCGCUACCUGGACACCAGCAAGCUGUGCCCCAUCUGCGACGUGCCCGUCCACAAGUCCAGGCCGCUCAGCUGCCUCAGGGUGGACAAGACUCUGCAGGACAUCGUCUACAAGGUGGUUCCGGGACUUUACCAGAGGGAGAUGAAGCAGCGCCGGGAGUUCUACGACCAGCACCCCGACGCAGCUGCCAAGCUGUCGUGCCUCGAGGACCGCGGCGUGGUGGACGCCUCGACCAGGCUCAUCUUCAGCCCCCAAGACACCGUGAGCGUGUCGCUGGAGUACUUCACCGGCCCGACGGAUACCGGAGAGCCGGAAGACGACGUCAAAGGCGGUGCUGCCGAGGCUGCUGACGGCACGGGCAAGGAGGACCGGAGGCAGCGUCGGUUCCUCAGCUGCCCUGCUGCCUUCACUGUCAACCAUCUCCAGAAGUUCCUCCGCACCAAGUACGCCCUGUCACCCAGCCUCAAGAUUGACAUCCUGCACAUGGACGACGUUCUCUGCGACGAUUACUCGCUCAUGGACGUGGCCUACAUCUACACCUGGAAGAGGGAUUCUCCUCUCCGCCUCGCAUUCCGAGUGUACCCCCAUCCUGCAAAGCGGCCGACCCCGACGGAGAAGACUGAGGACGCGGCGGACGUCGACGCGAGGGGCUGCAGCGGGGACCCGGACGGGCAGAAGCAGCAGUACCCCCGGGAACAGCUGACGCCGGCCUGUCGACUGGCGCCGGAGUUUUUGGCGGCGGCCAGCGUGGAGGAAGUCGUUGCCCAGGGCGUCGCGAGUCCGGAGACGAGAGCGGGACCACCCGCGCUGGUGCCGCGGGACGUCCUGCUGGAGGAAGAGGAGGAGGAACCUGCAGUUCGGACCGUCGUUCCCGCUGCCGCGACGCGCCGGCCGACGACGCCGGACGGCAUGGCGGCGACUGAGGGGUCUGCUGCCACAGGGAUUGUCCAGGCCGCUGCCCCCGUGCGGUCGUGCUCCCCGCCGCAGCAACGGCGGCAGAAAGAGGCCGAGCCCCCCGCCGUGAGUCCCCCCGCCCUGUCGAAGAUCACCAUCAGCACCCUGGACAGGAGCAGCAACAAGAUCACCAUUCAGACGAAGGAGGUGCCCCCGGCGGUGGCGCAGGCCAUGUCCCCGCCCCGCUCCCCGCAGUCCAGGAAGUCCAGGCGCAAGGAGCAGCGUUACGCCGAGCGGACGCUGCAGCACGUCAGGCACCAGGGACGGCCCCCGGACAGCCAGGACGCCCAGAGGCCCCGACGUCCCCGGAGCCGUUCUCCGGGGCGACUGGACGGAGCGACGCCGGCCAAGAACGCGAGGCUAAACGGCGCCGACGUCGCCGAAGUCGCUGCCGCGGACGGCCGCCGCGUGUCCCGCUCCGCUUCGCCCGGCAGGCUGGUUCCCGAGCGCGCGUCUCUCCCGGAGCCGGCCCAGCAAAGCCAGAGUCUUGCCGAGAAUGGCUCGAGGCCCGACAGUCCCGGGACGCCCGUAUCUCCGCCCCGGGCCCACCCGCAGACCCCGAGGACUCCUCCCGCCGCCCCUCCACUUGCCCCGAGCGGCACGAAAAGCCAAGAGGACACGCGACCCCUCGACCUCUCGGUGUCACAUCGGGGCCUGCCAGCGCCGGCGCCCGUGCGCAGGCCUGUCGGGAGGCCGCCCUUCGUGUUGCCCUCGGCGGGCCCACCGGGUACCGCCAAGGGGACCGCCUCGCCCUCCCCGCACCGCAGGGCGGCGGCGGCGUCCCCCGCGGUGUCGCUGUACCAGAAGCCGGCCGUGGCGGUCAACCAGGCCGCUACGUCCUCGGCACUGUCCCAGCAGCACCACCACCACCACAACCACCACCGGAGCGGCAGCAGGGGCUUCCUCAAGGGCGCCAACCUGACGUGCAUCAACCCGGACCCGGACGCCUUUCACCCGCGCAUCGUCAUCAAGAACCUGCCUCCGCGCACUUCCGGUGCCAGCUUCCACAGGGUGUGAUAUGUGAGAGCGCGUCGCUUUGCCGCCCUUUCCCUCGAAGAGACGGCGCGACUCGUGGUAGCGUGCGCCUUGUUUCUAGUCUCCCUUCAGGUGUCUCUCCUACUGCUACCGCGAGCGCACGUGCAGCUGGCGGGAUUCGCGGGAGACGACGCCGUUUGUUUGUGCGUGCGAGUGAAUGGAAGCCGUCUUGGCGCCAGUGAGAAGACAUCUGGAUACACACUCCCUGCCGCUCGGAUACAUCCUGGUGGGUCGGGCAGAUGUGCUCUUGUGUUGGGAGGCGGUCGUGUAUGCUGUGCUCGCUCCUCGUGACUCGUGGGGCCCGGCCGCCAUGCGAGCCCGUGAGGAGGACUGCUUCAUGCGCGGCCUCCGGCGUAUGUGGGUGGCACAAAUCUUGGUGUGCGCGAGUUCGUGUCAAGCUGCGUGAGCGUCUUCAACUCGAGGAAUAUGUGCACACACCUGGAUUACCUCGGAAUACGGUCCUCGUGAACCUCAAGCCUGCUUCUUGGGAAGAUUUCUUUCUCCGAUUCUCGCAAACUGCUCUUCGCCAAAGAGCAGACGCGGGAGCGCUCUUUGCGUAAGUGCGUGCUGGGAACGUAGUCCUACCCUCCAAUAGUACAGUAAUGCGCCUUUACGUUUAGUGACGGCACCGCAUCAAGAUAGUGCAAUACUGCGAAUAUGCGCACAUGUUAGACCGAGAACUUCCGAAAGCAAGCAACGCACGUAUUGUGAAUUGUUUAAAUAGA